AUGACGGACCACAGAAAGGUCACAGCCUGUAACGAGGCACCACGCACAACAACCACAACAACCACAAGGACAAACCCAACAACCCCGACAAAAGCAACAAGACAAACAUCAGCAGCACUUCCUCCAAAAGAAGCAGACGUAACAACUGAUAAAGAUACGACUACAACAAAGAAACAAAGAAACAACAAGAAGAGAAUAAUCCAUCAAAUAGUUGAAGAAAAGACAUAUGUGCCUCUACGAUGUCCUCACUCUGUGGAGGGAGACGUGACGUGGAGCAGAGAGAGGAAUGGAGACACAGUUAACAUACUGACAGUUAGUGGGGGCAGAAACGUAAAACACAUUGAUGACCCGGGCAGACGAUACCUUUUAUUAGCUGAUAAGUCACUGUUCAUUCUAAAACCUGUCGUCUCAGACUCUGGAAGAUACUUCUGUAACAAUGAAGCAGUUAAAGAUCUGACGGUGAUCCCAUCAGGAACAACUAUAGUCCCUGCUCCAGAGAGGACCAGCAUCACUCUGACAUGUCCUCAUGAUGUCGGAGCAUCACAUGUUCCAACAUGGACCAGAGACUCUGGUGGAAUACAACCAAGAAGGUUUGAUGUUUCCCCUGUUGACCAGACGUUGACUAUAACAGACGUGCAGCCUGGUGACUCUGGACUUUACUACUGUGAUGGAAGACCAGCUGUUUAUCUGAACGUGAUCGAAGCUAUUCUUCCAGAGACUCCUUAUCCGUGGCAGAUGUGUGUUCGUACGGUGAUUGGAAUCCUCUAUUUAAUCAUCAUGAUCAGCAUCACCGUCACCACCUGGAGGAAAGCUCGACAAACAGAAGCGACACACAGCAGAAACAGGAAGUGAUGUCUGAUCCUCCAUCACGCAGCAACAAGAGCGGUAAAAACUCAACUGUCAUCAGCGUUCGUCCUCAUUCAGUCCAACAGAAGUCAGUCCUCCUGCUGCUUUCUACACCAUGACGACUACAGAAACUACGGUUACUUCUUCUACCGCUGAUAUUCUGCAG